AUGAUGUGCCUUGGCGGAGUUAUGCAAACAGGUUUCACUUUUGCGAUGAAGGCUGCUCCACUUGACAGUUGCCUGCUAAUCUGGACCCUGAAGAUGAGCGACCGAGGGGCGACUUGGCUGUUGGCUCUGCUGCUGCUCUCGACGACUGUGCAGUCGCAGUUGCUGGUGGAAUUGGCGCGCGAUUUCGAAACCUCGCUGCUGAAUACCCGCAUUCCGGACACCACCCGCUUCCUGCCGGAGUAUGACUUCAUCGUGGUGGGCGCUGGCACUGCGGGCUGUGUGCUGGCCAAUCGAUUGAGCGAAAUACCGAGUGCCAGCGUGCUGUUGCUGGAGGCGGGGGAUCAGGAGACUUUCAUCAGCGAUGUGCCGCUGACGGCGGCUCUGACUCAGAUGACCCGCUAUAAUUGGGGCUAUAAGGCGGAGCCGACCCCGAAUGCUUGCCAGGGUCUGCGACAGGGCGUGUGUAAUUGGCCGAAGGGUCGUGGCGUGGGCGGCACAAGUCUCAUUAACUUCAUGCUCUACACUAGAGGGCAUCGAAGGGACUAUGAUAGCUGGGCGGCGGCGAACAAUACCGGCUGGUCCUAUGCAGAUGUGCUGCCCUAUUUCAAGAAGUCGGAGCGCAUCGGCAUUCCCGAGCUCUACAAAUCACCCUACCAUGGACGCAACGGUCCCAUGGAUGUGCAGUAUACGGACUAUAAGUCGCAGCUGCUGAAGGCCUUCCUCAAAUCGGGACGAGAGCUGGGCUAUGACAUCACUGACCCCAAUGGGGAGCAGUUGUUGGGCUUCUCGCGUUCACAGGCUACCAUAAGAAAUGGCAGACGCUGCAGCACCAGCAAGGCCUUCAUCCGUCCCAUCCUGCAGCGCAAGAAUCUGCAUAUUUCGAUGAAGAGCUGGGUAACCAAACUCCUCAUAGAUCCAGCUACGAAGACCGCUGUGGGUGUGGAGUUUAUGAAGCAGCGUCAGCGCUUUGUGGUCCGUGCUCGUAAGGAGGUAAUCGUGUCAGCCGGGGCCAUUGCCAGUCCCCAGCUGCUGUUACUAUCGGGUGUGGGUCCCCGGGCCCAUCUGGCUGAGCACAACAUAACUGUGCUGCAGGAUUUGCCAGUCGGCUACAACUUGCAGGAUCAUAUUACGCUUAACGGACUGGUCUUUGUGGUCAAUGACUCGACGGUGAACGACGCACGUCUGCUCAACCCCAGCGACAUCUUUCGUUACAUUUUUGCCGGUCAAGGACCUUACACGAUACCAGGAGGGGCGGAAGCCUUCGCCUUUGUGCGCACACCUAGCUCGACUCAUGAGGAUGACUAUGCGGACAUGGAGUUGGUCCUGGGUGCUGGUUCGCUUAGUGGCGACCGUUUCGGAACCAUGCGCGAUCUGCUCGGCAUUACUGAUGAGUUCUACGACACCAUGUUCGGGGAUCUGCACAAUAAGGAAACCUUUGGUCUGGUGCCUGUACUGCUCCGACCCAAGAGUCGGGGUCGCAUCUCGCUGCGCAGCCGCAAUCCUUUCCAUUGGCCCCGCAUGGAACCGAACUUUAUGCAACAUCCAGAUGAUGUACGUGCCAUGAUUGAGGGCAUCGAAAUGAUCUUGAAACUGGCGCACUCCAAGUCUAUGCUAAAAAUGGGAACUCACUUUCACGCUCGCCCCUUCCCCGGCUGCGAACAUCUAAAAUUUGCCAGUCAGGACUAUUGGAAGUGCUGUUUGCGACGUUAUGGCUCCAGUCUGCAGCAUCAGUCGGGCACCUGUAAAAUGGGUCCAGUAACGGAUCCCACGGCCGUGGUGGAUGACAACCUGAGAGUACAUGGCAUCAGGCACUUACGCGUUGCCGAUGCUUCGAUCAUGCCAAAUGUUCCCGCCGGACACACCAAUGCCAUCGUCAUCAUGAUAGCUGAGAAGGCGGCCGAUAUGAUUAAGAAUGCGUGGCGCAUGAAGACCUCGCCGGCGAUGGCGUAAAGUCUGCUUAGAAAUUGGGUUUCGGGUAGUCAUGUAGUUGUUAUUUAUUUGUUAUUGUCUAGUAGUCAUUAGUUUUAAGGGCGUAUAUGCUCCCCUUGUGAUAAUUUGUAUAAUGUUAUGCAAUGUUUUAUGCAAAAUAAUAGCGAAACACUUGUCAAGCCAAAGCAAUUUAGUAUUUCAUUUCUUAAUUUUAAUCAGGAAU